AAACGACUUUACACAAGCUCUACGAUUUCUUACCAAGUGUACAUCGCAUUAUACUCAUGUUAAAGUUAAAAAAUUUCAAUUAAUUAUUUUAUACUAUCAUUUAAAUACCCACUAAUGAUGAUAGUUUUUAUUAACACAUUUUUAUAACAUACUAAUUAUACUUAAGAAAUAAUAUUAAAUUCAGUGAAAGUCUUAACGUUAAUAAAUAAAAAAAUAAAUUCUUUAUCUACCGGUCUGUGAUUCCCACCAUUGUGUAUAAAACUCAAUGCUUCAAUUGAUACGUUAUAAUAAUCACAUGUUUAAUCAACUUACUGUAAAAUCAAUAUUAGUAUAUAAAACUAAUCAUUAAAUAAUUUAAAAUUUUUUUAAAAUACCUGUACAAGUGAUUAUAAUAAUAAAAUGAGUCUAGCUGACGGUGGAGGGUUAAGUCGUUACGAAAUAUUUUCAAUAGUUGCAAGAUUAACUUUAGUUACUGCAGUAGGUUUUUUUAGUAUGAGAUGGUUUAUAAGUCAAAUAGAUCCUAUGGCAAAAACUAAAAGAAAAGCCAAAGAAAAGGCUAAAGAACAGUUGAAAAAAUUAGCUAAAACAAGUGGAGUUAGUUUGUCAAUAGAUACAAAUCAAUUAACUGAAUAUGAAAUGAUGAUUGCAACUCAUCUUAUCGACCCCAAAGAUAUUCCAGUAUCAUGGAAUAAUAUUGCUGGACUUGAUUCAAUUAUUCAAGAGCUCAAAGAAACUGUAAUACUUCCAAUCAGAAGAAAAGAAUUAUUUGAAGAUUCAAAAUUGACACAAGCACCUAAGGGUGUACUUUUACAUGGGCCACCUGGAUGUGGAAAAACAAUGAUUGCUAAAGCAACAGCACGUGAAAGUGGCACUUGUUUUAUAAAUUUAGAUGUAAGCAUGCUUACUGACAAAUGGUAUGGAGAAAGCCAAAAAUUAACUAAUGCUGUAUUUUCUUUAGCUGUUAAGUUACAACCGUGUAUAAUUUUUAUUGAUGAAAUUGAUUCAUUUCUGCGAGUCCGUAAUUCUCAAGAUCAUGAAGCAACUGCUAUGAUGAAAGCACAGUUUAUGUCAUUAUGGGAUGGAUUAAUAACUGAUCCUUCGUGUACUGUAAUUAUUAUGGGAGCAACUAAUCGACCACAAGACUUGGACCGUGCUAUACUUAGACGAAUGCCCGCAACCUUUCACGUUGGUCUACCAACUGAAGAACAACGUACAGAAGUGCUAAGACUUAUUUUAAGAGCUGAACCUACUGAUGAAGAUGUAGAUAUACAAACAUUAUCUAAAUUAACAGAAGGAUUUUCUGGUUCUGACUUACAUGAAAUGUGUCGAACUGCAUCAUUAUAUCGAGUUCGUGAUUAUUCACGCGAUCAUCCCAACUCACUAUCAGAAAUGUUGGCCAAUACUAAUAGCAAUGAUGAAGAAUAUCACGAUACAUUGCGACCAAUAAUGCACGAAGAUUUAGUUACUGCGUUUAAAAAAAUGAGAAUGUCGAAAGUACAAACAGGUAGCUUAAAUAGUAUGGCUAGAUUAGAUUUAGACUAAAUACUUUAAUCUAUUAUAAUAAAAACGUUUAAAAAAAUGUUUAAAACUUUAAAUAUACUAUUGUAAAAAUUUUUAAACAUUUUUGUUCUUUUUUUUUUUAUAUAUAUAUACAUGUUUGAAUGCAUCAUUUUUUUUACUUAUGACAUUAAUUGUUUUUUUCUGCAAAUAACUAAGAUAUCUACACUUACCAAUCAAUUAUUAACAAUUCAGAUUGUUAUUCGAUUGUAAAUUAAGGUCGUAAAAAAACUACGUA